UUUUAAUCAUAGAUGUAAGAUGGCAAAUGAAAAAGCAGCUCUCGUUGAAAUGUACAAUGGAAGCCCAGGUCAUUACGGUUUUCCACCAACUGACGGACAAGUCCAGUCAUCUUUUGGAGAAGAACCAUCGACUUCACACACUUCAGCUACUAACAUGCUUGAAGAUGUAGAACCACCAUCUUACCAAGAAACAGCAUUUGAAACGAUUUCUAACAGGCCAACGUCACCGCCUCCUCGACCACCACCGCCUCGACUUAAUCGUCAAACGCCUCUCCCGAUGGUCGUUUCUAAUCCACCUGCAGAUAUGAGCAAUUUCAAUCACGUUCACUCUGCCACAGUAAUAUUGAACGCGCCAGUAACUUCUCAACCAGCAAUUGUUACAGUUAAUGGUAUUCCACCGGUGGCUGUGACACAGCAGCCAUCAGUCGGCUUGCCACUUACAAUACCACCCAAUCAGGACAUAACACGAUAUAUAACGUACGGUCCUCGACCGUUCAGCAGCGGAAUCUGCAAUUGUUGUAUGGACUGUCACACAUGUUGUUGCGGAACAUUCUGUACUUGUUGUUACCUUGGAGCAAUCGGUUCGAAGUUAGAUGAAAGUUGUAUGACUGGAAUAUGCUGUAUGGCUGGAUUGAUUCCUCUUCGAACAAAAUUGAGAAUACAACAUAAUAUAACUGGAUCUAUAUGUGAUGAUAUUUGUCUUUCCACGUUUUGUUCUUGCUGCGUUGUUUGUCAGAUGGGCCGAGAGAUGGAAGCAUUGCACUACAAAAAGAAAUGUUGCUGUUGUUAAUUCCGCAUGAUGUCACACCGCAUGCUGCAUGGUUUCAUUUAGCGCCAUUUUUUUUUACUUAAAGAUAAUGAUAAAUGACGAUGUUGUUUCAUCCGAAGUAAAAAAUAAUCCAAGUAACUAACGAACUCGAUAAAUUGUUCAAGUUGUGGCAGACAAUAUCGUCAUGCCCAUUUAUUAGAGUUACUGUUUAUAUGAACAUGCAAUGCACUGUUUGCGGAUUUUAUAUUACGAUAGUCACGCCGAGCUUUAUGUUUAUAAAGUCCUACGUUUUGUUUGUACGUAAAUAAUAGUUUACCAAUUUUAAAUUCCUAUGCACCUGCUCCGAGAAUAAAACACUGUGCAAAAGAGAGAUUGGGAAUAUAUAUAUUUAGUAUUAACUAAGUACAAUUAUGCAAUAGGAGAAUUUUACACUAUUGAAUUUGCACAAAGUUCAUGUACUUUGUCUGUCAUUGCAGACUUGAGAAUCGACCCCUGAAAAAAAAGAAUAACGAUUAUAGAUAAAAAAAAAAUUGAACUGAACUGAAAUAACAUAAAAAUUGACGCAAAUAUAUCUGCUACAGUACUCUUUCAAUAUAUGAUGUAUUUCGUUGAUUUGGGUUCAGCAUAU